CAUGGUUUGAAAAACAGCAGAAUGGCCCCCAAUAAUAAAAAACGACGACGUGGGCGUUCACUGAAACGAAUCUCAAUAGGCUGAAAGCGUCUCUUCCACAGCAUCAAUUAAAAUCCCUUCCCAAUGGAAAUGGAUAUUCUCUCAAACGGCAACUCCGCUGCCGCAUCGCCGCCACAAACCACCGUCCCAACUAACGCCACGCUGACCCCCUUCUCCAAGCUGACGCAGCUUACUGAAGCUUUAAAAUUGGAGCAUCAAUUUCUAAGAGUCCCUUUUGAGCACUACAAGAAGACAAUUCGAGCCAAUCACCGCACCGUCGAGAAGGAGGUCAGCUCCGUUAUCGCUGGUGUUGCUGACGUGGCGGAUUCAGAUAACCUUUCCAAAGACGACGCUGUUAAUCAACUCACAUCUCUCGUUUCGAGACUCCAAGGGCUCAAAAGGAAGUUGGAAGAGGGAAGUCGAACAGAGCACUUGCAGGUACAAAAAUAUCGUGCUCGACUCAAUCACUUAGAAUCAGCAGAUGCUGAGAGUUUGCCAGAAUGGAACAGCAUGCGACUGAAGCGUAUCCUUGUAGACUACAUGUUACGGAUGUCUUAUUAUGACACUGCACAGAAGUUGGCAGAAAGCAGUAACAUGCAAGAUCUUGUUGAUAUUGAUGUAUUUCAAGAAGCCAAAAAGGUUAUUGAUGCUUUGCAAAAAAAGGAGGUAGCCCCUGCUUUAGCCUGGUGUGCAGAUAAUAAGUCCAAAUUGAAGAAGUCAAAGAGCAAAUUUGAAUUUCAGCUGAGACUUCAAGAGUUCAUUGAGUUGGUACGGUCUGAAAACAACUCAUGUGCCAUUACCUAUGCUCGAAAAUACCUUGCACCAUGGGGAGCUACCGAUAUGAAAGAGUUGCAGCGAGUGAUGGCAACUUUGGCUUUUAAGAAUAAUACUGAAUGUCCCACAUACAAGGUUUUGUUUGAACCAAAGCAAUGGGACUACUUGGUAGGCCAAUUUAAGCAGGAAUUCUGUAGAUUAUAUGGCAUGACAGUAGAGCCAUUGUUGAAUAUCUAUCUGCAAGCAGGCUUGUCAGCUCUGAACACUCCAUACUGUUAUGAAGAUGAUUGUACCAAGGAGGACCCAUUGUCACAGGAAAGUUUCCGGAAGCUAGCAUCGCCAUUACCAUACUCUAAGCAGCAUCACUCCAAACUUGUUUGCUAUAUAACAAAAGAGCUAAUGGACACCGAGAAUCCACCACAAGUGUUGCCGAACGGCUAUGUCUAUAGUACCAAGGCUCUUGAAGAAAUGGCCAAGAAAAAUAAUGGUAAAAUAACUUGUCCUCGGACGGGAUUGGUAUGCAACUAUUCAGAUUUGGUUAAGGCCUACAUAUCAUAAAAUCUGCAUUCUCUGGGAACCUGAAGAAGCCGAGACAUCCGCUGUUCUGGUUUCAUUCAGCACCAUUUGUGGAUACUUUUCCCUUGAUAUGUUUCUGAUAUUUAUUUUUCAAGAACUUGCCUCGAUAAAUCCCAACACCUUGGCGCAGUGUUGGUGCUGGAAACUAGCCACCUGUAGAUAUGUGAACAGCAGCUGAACGAUUACUUGUCAGUAUGGAUAUGGUAUCUGUGAAUACAAAUAAUAAAUUAUCAGCUUUAAUUUCAAA